AUGGAAGAGUGUAAAAUUCUAAAGAAGAUAAGGAAACUAGCACAAAAGAAGCGUGUUUUACAUUUACCGUCUAGUUCGAGUGACGAAGAUUGCAGCGCAACCCCAAACCGUACCGGCAGUGAAAUAAAUAACAAGAUGCAAACCAUCACCUUGGAUGACGGCAUUAUGGGCCAGCCUGACCACCCGCUUUCACCGAGCACGACGGCAGCAGUGCCCAUUGUAACUGAAAUUACCUCCGAACCAGGGCCGUCGUCUGUGCCUGACGCUAUGGAGGUCCAGUUAGAUGAGUCAAUUUUAAGUUUGUUGGGAGAUGCAGAGUGCAAUUUAAUCAGGGCCACCAGUACACAAAGAUAUCGCAUCUCGAUGGGAACACAUUUUACUAAGAGGACUUAA